CCUCCCCCCAACUCUCGCCUUCUCCCCUCCCCCCUGCUAUUUAUUUAUUGGGGGAGGGGGGGUGUUGCCGUUGAUUGAAAGAGUAUUGAUUUGUAUGUAUUUCUCCCAGCGCUGGUGGCCGCCGCCGCCCCUGCCACCGCCACUGCUGCUGUUGCUGCCGCCACCGCCGAUACCGCUGCUGCCGCCGCUGCUGCCACCGCCACUUCAGUUGCUACAGUAUUUCCCAUAGUGUUGUUCAGCUCCACCAAACAUGUCGGCUCCUGUCGGGCCCCGGGGCGGCCCUGCUCCUCCUCCUCCUCAGCCGCCUAUGCAGCCCGAGAUGCCCGACCUCAGCCACCUCACCGAGGAAGAGAGGAAAAUUAUUCUAGCAGUCAUGGACAGGCAGAAGAAAGAAGAGGAAAAGGAGCAAUCGGUGCUCAAGGCCAAAGAAGAACCCAAACCCCAGGCGACGCAGUGGUUUCCCUUUAGUGGGAUCACUGAGCUGGUAAAUAACGUUCUUCAACCACAACACAAACAACAAAAUGAAAAGGAGCCCCAGACGAAAUUGCACCAGCAGUUUGAAAUGUACAAGGAGCAGGUCAAGAAAAUGGGGGAAGAAUCCCAGCAGCAGCAAGAGCAGAAGGGUGAUGCUCCCACUUGUGGCAUCUGCCAUAAAACAAAGUUUGCCGAUGGAUGUGGCCAUAACUGUUCAUAUUGCCAAACAAAAUUCUGUGCGCGCUGUGGAGGGCGAGUGUCUUUGCGCUCAAACAAGGAGGACAAAGUGGUUAUGUGGGUAUGUAACUUGUGCCGAAAACAGCAAGAAAUCCUCACCAAAUCAGGAGCUUGGUUCUAUAACAGUGGCUCUAACACACCCCAGCACCCUGACCAACAGGCUCUCCGAGGGAUGCGGAAUGAAGAGGCUCCUCAGGAGAAGAAAGCGAAGCUACAUGAACAGGCUCAGUACCAGGGAACCCAAGGGGACCUGCCUGCCCCCUCUAUAGACAAAAGCCGACCUCAUGGGCUUACGAGGCAGGACUCAAUUAAAAAUGGGUCAGGAAUGAAGCAUCCCAUUACAAGUGACACCACUUCAGACAGGAAAAGGAGCCCAUCAAUAUCCAGAGAACAGAAUAUAAGAUACGAUCAACAGGAAGAGAGAGACGAAUAUUCCCAGUAUGCUACAUCAGACAGUGCAAUGCCUAGAUCUCCUUCAGAUUAUGCUGAAAGGAGAUCUCAUCAUGGACCUCAAUUAUUUGAAGAACCUGACCAUGUAGAUUAUAGGGACUCCAACAGGAGAAGUCGUAGACGUUCCAAAGAGUAUAUAGAUGAUGAGGAUGUGGAGAAUAGGGAUGAAUAUGAAAGGCAAAGGAGGGAAGAGGAAUACCAAGCACGUUACCGAAGUGACCCUAAUUUGGCUCGUUACCCAGUAAAGCCACAGCCUUAUGAAGAACAAAUGCGUAUCCAUGCUGAGGUGUCCCGAGCACGACACGAGCGAAGGCAUAGUGAUGUUUCACUGGCCAAUACGGAACUUGAAGAUUCUAGGAUUCCUGUGCUAAGAAUGGAACGGCCAUCAAGGCAAAGAUCCACAUCAGAGCGCAGGGCAGCCAUGGAAAACCAGCGCUCUUAUUCAAUGGAAAGAACUCGAGAGACUCAGGGACCCAGUCCUAAUCGUCAGAGGACCUCAAAUCAUAGUCCUCCUACCCCUCGGAGGAGUCCAAUCCCUAUUGAUAGACCUGAUAUGAGGCGUACUGACUCAUUAAGGAAACCACACCACUUAGAUCCCAGUUCUGCUGUCCGGAAAACAAAACGUGAAAAAAUGGAAACCAUGUUAAGGAAUGAUUCCCUCAGCUCAGAUCAGUCUGAGUCAGUAAGACCUCCACCACCAAAGCCUCAUAAAACAAAGAAAGGUGGUAAAAUGCGGCAGGUUUCCUUGAGUAGCUCAGAAGAGGAGUUGGCUUCUACACCAGAAUACACAAGCUGUGAUGAUGUUGAGAUUGAGAGUGAGAGUGUAAGUGAAAAAGGGGACAGUCAAAAGGGAAAAAGAAAAACUAGUGAGCAGGCAGUUUUGUCGGACUCUAACACCAGGUCUGAGAGACAAAAGAAAAUGGUGUCCUUUGGUGGCCACUCUUUGGAAGAGGACUUGGAAUGGUCUGAGCCUCAGAUUAAGGACUCUGGGGUAGAUACGUGUAGUAGCACGACUCUAAACGAGGAGCAUAGCCAUAGCGAUAAGCACCCUGUAACUUGGCAGCCAUCCAAGGAUGGAGACCGUUUGAUUGGUUGUAUUUUAUUAAACAAGCGCCUGAAAGAUGGAAGUGUCCCCAGAGAUUCAGGAGCAAUGCUUGGACUGAAGGUUGUAGGAGGAAAGAUGACUGAAUCAGGUCGACUCUGUGCAUUUAUCACCAAAGUUAAAAAAGGAAGUUUAGCUGAUACUGUGGGGCAUCUUAGACCAGGUGAUGAAGUGUUAGAAUGGAACGGAAGGCUACUACAGGGAGCUACAUUUGAGGAAGUUUACAACAUCAUUCUAGAAUCUAAACCAGAGCCACAAGUGGAACUUGUGGUUUCAAGGCCUAUUGGAGACAUCCCCAGAAUCCCUGAUAGUACACAUGCACAACUGGAGUCUAGCUCUAGCUCAUUUGAAUCUCAAAAAAUGGAUCGCCCUUCCAUUUCUGUUACUUCUCCCAUGAGUCCUGGAAUGUUGAGGGAUGUUCCACAAUUCUUGUCUGGACAACUUUCAAGCCAAAGCCUUAGUAGAAGAACAACGCCUUUUGUUCCUAGGGUUCAGAUAAAACUAUGGUAUGACAAAGUUGGUCAUCAAUUGAUAGUUACAAUUUUGGGAGCAAAAGAUCUCCCUUCCAGGGAAGAUGGGAGACCACGGAAUCCUUAUGUUAAAAUUUACUUUCUUCCAGACAGAAGUGAUAAAAAUAAAAGAAGAACCAAAACAGUAAAGAAAACAUUGGAACCUAAGUGGAAUCAAACAUUCAUUUACUCUCCAGUUCAUCGAAGGGAAUUUCGAGAACGGAUGUUGGAGAUUACCCUUUGGGAUCAAGCUCGAGUUCGAGAGGAAGAAAGUGAAUUUUUAGGAGAGAUUCUAAUUGAAUUAGAGACAGCAUUAUUAGAUGAUGAGCCUCAUUGGUAUAAACUUCAGACACAUGAUGUCUCUUCAUUGCCACUUCCUCACCCGUCUCCAUAUUUGCCACGACGACAGCCACAUGGGGAGAGCCCAACUCGAAGGUUGCAAAAUAAAGGCUUUUAUUCAUAUAAUUCAGGGUCUAAGCGAAUAAGUGACAGUGAAGUCUCUGACUAUGACUGUGAUGAUGGAAUCGGUGUAGUGUCAGAUUAUCGACACAAUGGAAGAGACCUUCAGAGUUCAACAUUGUCAGUGCCAGAACAAGUGAUGUCAUCAAAUCAUUGUUCACAGUCUGUGUCCCCUCACCGAGUAGAUAGCAUAGGAAGAACUAGGUCAUGGUCACCCAGUGUCCCUCCUCCACAAAGUCGAACUGUGGAACAGGGACUUCGAGGGACACGGCCUUCUAGUGGACAUUAUAAUACUAUCAGCCGAAUGGACAGGCAUCGUGUCCUGGAUGACCAUUAUUCUCCAGAGAGAGAUAGUCAUUAUCUCACUCUACCUCGCUCCAGAUACAUUGAUCAUCAUCACAGGGACGUCAGGAGGAAUAGGCAGGAGAGAAGAGAGACUAAUACAUAUUUUGAUGACAUUCUCCACAGUCCUGAAAGGAAUUGUGAAGCAGCAGAUAGACAGCCAUAUCACAGAUCCAGAUCAACAGAACAACGGCCUGUCCUAGAGCGGACCACCUCCCGCUCCAGAUCCACUGAACGUCCUGAUACAAACCUCAUGAGGUCGAUGCCUUCAUUAAUGACCGGAAGAUCUGCCCCUCCUUCACCUGCCUUAUCGAGGUCUCAUCCUCAUACUGGCUCUGUCCAAACAAGCCCAUCAAGUACUCCAGUGGCAGGACGCAGGGGACGACAGCUCCCACAGCUCCCGCCAAAGGGGACUUUGGAAAGAAACAAUGGAGACAAGGAGAUAGAACCUUAUGAAGAAGUUACAUGGGAAGACCAGCAGAAAAAGGUGAAUGGUGCAAUAACUGAUGACAAACCAUUGCCGAAAAAGAAACACCAAACUGAGCCAGAAGUGGAGUCAACAAGGAGAAGAUACUCAGGUUCUAUGGAUAUAGAGGAGAGAAACCGCCAAAUGAAAAUUAAUAAAUACAAACAGGUAGCAGGAUCAGACUCCAGACUGGAACAAGAUUACCAUUCCAAGUAUCGGUCAGGGCGGGAUCUUCAUCGAGGUGCAGACAAUGUUUCCACUAAAUCUUCAGACAGUGAUGUAAGUGAUGUGUCAGCUGUAUCAAGAACUAGCAGUGCAUCUCGUUUCAGCAGCACAAGUUAUAUGUCUGUUCAGUCAGAACGACCAAGAGGAAAUAAGAAAAUCAGAUCAAAAGGAAUAGAGGAGGGUGGGCAAGAAGGGGAUAUGCACGAGGAGAUAGUUCGUGAGGAAAAGAAACAGGAAGAAAUAAAGGAAGAAGGAAUUAAUGAAAAAGAACAAGGGAAAGAGCUAACAAAAAAUUCUAAUAAUGAAAAAGACAGAGAAUCAGGAGAUGAGGAAAAAAUACAAGAUAAAACUCAGGAAAGGAAACAAACAGAACAGUGGAAUUCAAAAGAUUUACAAAGACGAUUCUCCCAAGAUGAUGACAGUGUCUUUACAUCCAAAAUGCAAAGCAGACAGAUGGGCAUCUCAGGAAAGAAUAUGACUAAAAGCACCAGCAUCAGUGGGGACAUGUGCACAAUAGAGAAGAAUGAUGGCAGCCAAUCUGAUACCGCAGUGGGCACCAUGGGCACCGGUGGCAAAAAGCGGCGCUCCAGCAUUGGGGCAAAAAUGGUAGCUAUUGUGGGUCUCUCACGAAAAAGCCGCAGUACAUCCCAGCUCAGCCAAACUGAAGCUGGAGGCAAAAAACUGAGGAGUACUGUCCAGAGGAGUACAGAAACUGGCCUGGCAGUAGAAAUGAGAAACUGGAUGACUCGACAGGCAAGCCGUGAAUCUACAGAUGGAAGCAUGAACAGCUAUAGUUCUGAAGGAAAUUUGAUUUUCCCUGGUGUCCGAUUGGCCUCAGAUAGCCAGUUCAGUGAUUUUCUGGAUGGCCUUGGUCCAGCUCAGUUAGUUGGGCGUCAGACAUUGGCCACACCAGCGAUGGGUGACAUUCAGGUUGGAAUGAUGGACAAAAAAGGACAAUUAGAGGUAGAAAUAAUUCGGGCCCGUGGCCUCGUUGUAAAACCAGGUUCAAAGACACUGCCAGCACCAUAUGUAAAGGUAUAUCUCUUAGAUAAUGGAGUCUGCAUAGCCAAAAAGAAAACAAAAGUGGCAAGAAAAACACUGGAACCUCUUUACCAACAGCUGUUGUCAUUUGAUGAAAGCCCACAGGGAAAAGUUUUACAGAUCAUUGUUUGGGGAGAUUAUGGACGAAUGGAUCAUAAAUCCUUUAUGGGAGUGGCCCAGAUACUUUUAGAUGAACUGGAGUUGUCUAAUAUGGUGAUUGGAUGGUUCAAACUGUUCCCCCCUUCUUCCCUAGUAGAUCCGACUUUGGCCCCUCUGACUAGAAGAGCUUCCCAAUCAUCUUUGGAAAGUUCAACGGGACCUUCUUAUGCUCGUUCAUAGCAUCUGUAAAACUGUCAUAGCAACCAGCGUUACAAAAAAAAAAAAUGACAGGUCGCAAACCCUGGUAACACUGCAUGCUUACUGUUGUGUCUUCUGAGCCUGUUUCUAGGGAUACAAAGCGAUCCUGUGUUCUCAGAGGAAGCUGCACACAUUGUGCCCUAAAGAAGGCCCUCAGGUGAAGGAGUGGAGCUAUGAAGAACUAAUGGGUUUGGAGUUCAAUGACACUCAUUUUUUGGUCUAAUCUGAAGCCAUGGAUUAAUAUAAAUCUGUCUCAUGCAACAAACGUCCUUUUCAAUUACAUCUUUAUUUUCUGCUCCUUUAAAAAACAAAUUUCUGUUCUCCCUAACAUGUUCCUUACCUCCCUCUCCCCCUCAAAAAAAAGCCUAGUUAUGUCACAGAAAGGGAGCUAUGUGACCAUGAAGCCAUUACAAGUUAGUGGGGUAGUAUGAAACAUGAGGUGACAAGCCAGAGACCAAAGGAAUGGUCAGAAAAAAAAAAUUAAACCUCCUAUGGAACUGAGGAUAAAGUGAAGAAGCCCAGCACAUGCUGGCAGCGUCCAAGAUGAGCAGUGGCAGACCUCUAGCUCCACCUGUCAUUUCAGUGAAAGCCAAGAUGUGAUAGACUCUGAAAAACAAGUUCUGUGGCUAUACUGUACUGUAUGAAAUUAAGAAACUUUUUUGCAUGGACACAGUUUAGCUGAAUACUUAAAUUAUUUUCUCGGGGCUGCAACUUGCAAAAAAAAAAGAAUAAAAUCAGCCAUUUUCAACAAUUUAUAUUAUUUUUUUAAAAAAAUUUCACUAGUGCAUGGUUUUAAAAGGGAGAGAAUGCAACAAGGUGAUACAAAGACACACCACGUUUAUCAUUCCUUAAUCAUGGUCUGUGUUUUGCAGACAUCAAAAAUGACAAUACUUUCUAGAAAAAUACUGAAAAUUCUUUAUGUGACAAGUGUAAUGUAUUCAAUUUAUUUAAAUGUAAAAGGUUGCAAAGUUCAACAUUAUGAGCAAAUUGUACACAUCUUUCCUCCUCUUCUCUAUCUCACCUUCUUCUGCCUCAUAUGAUUUCCUCCACCCACCCACCCACUCCCCACUUACCAGGAUGAUCACUAUACUCUAAAACUGCUAUUUUUUGACUUAAUAUUCUCAUAUGCCCCAUCUUUGGUUUAGGAUUGCAGAUCGUUCUGCAUUUCUGAAUUCUUUGAGAAAAAGAGUACUUUUAAGAGCUUUCAUUAUUUCCAGCAUGUUGAAAAGGAUUUUGCAACAUGGCUUGGGAGUACAUUAAAGUAAGUCAGCAUGUAUUUGAUAAAGAAGAUAUUUGAACUUUUUGCAGUUUAUUGUACAGUGCAUGGUAACUUAUUUUUAUUUUUUCUCACCUUCAAAUUGAAUUCUACAACAAAAUCCUGGAGUCAUGUGGCCAUUGUGUUAUGACUUUAAUAAAUCUGUUUUCAGCACUAGUGUCUUUCA